AUGGCAUUUGAUCCUUUGGACCGCACGCUGGUCACGCUAGGAGAGGAUGGGAAAGUCUGCGAGUGGAGCACGGAGAACUGGAGUGCGUUGAACGAGUACGGAGCUCAUGGUGAAGCGCACGCUGUGGCAACUGCGGGAGAAGGCCUUGUUUGGGCGGGUGUGGCCGAGGGUGAUCGGAGCACAUUCCGAAAAUUCCACCAGGGCGUGCACCAAGAGAGUGAGGACUUCGCUCUGCAUGCAUCAGAGCACCUCUACUCCAUGGAGCUUUACAGCCGGCCCUCCGAGGUUUCGAUUUUGGCCGGUGAUCGCAGUGGCAACCUCAUCGCUUUCUGCAGCCUGACGGGUGUGAUGAGGAGCGCAAGGCUAGGCCUUCACUCCGAUGCCAUCACCGCCGUCUGCAUCUCUGCAGACGGGCAUACGGUGGCCACUGCUGGCAAGGAUGGUGCCAUGUUCGUGCUGGCUGCAGACGGCAUCUCCGACACGGCGCGGCCCGAGACGAGAGGAGGCUCCAUGGAGGUGGUCAUGAUCAACCGCGGGGACAUUCAGCUGCGACAGGACGAGAUACAGGACCUCACAAUGCAGAUAUCCACGCUGAAGGCGCAGAUCGAGGAGGAUGCAGCGCGUCUUCAAAGCGAGUGCCGGGCAAGGGUGGAGGAGGCAAGGAGACAAGAUCAAGAGAAGAUUCAGAGUUUGCGCAGCAAGUACGAAACCUUGCAGCAGGCAUCGACCGUCAAAGAGCGAGACAGCUUGAGGAAGAUGAAAGCCAUGCAGGCGUUGCAUGUACAAGCAGCAGACGAUCAAGAAAAGUCCUACGACAAGCGCAUGCGAGCGGACGCGGAGAGCUACGACGCACUGGAGGCCGAACUCCGAGAUCUGGAAGUUCGGUUCGAGCAGGCCCGGCAGAAGGCGCAGCGUGUUCUCGAAGCUCAGGAGCACAAGCAGGAGAAGGAAGUGCACAACCGACUGAAUGAGAAGGACGCGGAGAUUCAAAAGCUGAAAGACCUCAUUGCCUUCACCCAGAAAAGAUUUGAUGCCAUGUUGGAUCAAGAAGGCAUGGAGCAGUCGCUGGAAAUCUCCGAGAUCAAGAAGAAGAAUCAGGAGGAACUCGAGCAGCAACACCUGGUGGAGUACAAGCUGAAGAAGGAUCAG